AGACAGUUUCAGUUGGAUUAUGAUGCAGAUGCUAGUAAAUAGCCUAAUUUUCAUAUUCAGUCUGGAACCAAACGUGUCCAAAUCUUCUCCAUGUGUAACUUCUGCGCAGAUAUAUUAGAAGGACGUUUUUCUCUCCUCAGUCCUGCUGAACACAUCAUGUGGAGCAUGUGUCUGGAGCAUGUUGGAUAACAUUACAAUGCAUUUUAUUUCGCGACGUCAUCAAUGACCACCAGUUUUCCGUUUUUGUAUUUUGGUGUCUUCGUCACACUCUUUCAGGAGAUUGAUUUUGUGUAAUUGACUUGUAGCCAAAAGAUUUCGGAAUAAGUCGCAGGGGACACUUUUGUACAGCCUCUUACCACAAGGAGGAAUACACAGAGAAGGUUAUACGCCAGUUUACAACAUCCAAGCAACCAGUGAGGACGCUUCUUGCCGGCCAGAUUUUUAAUUAUGGAAUCCAAAUCUAACAGCAGGAUGGACAUUGUGAACACUUCUUUCGCUGAUUCCACAGAGGCGAAGACUGGAAUAAGUAGUUUAAUAGAAAAAUUCACGGACGAGUGUUUUGGGCAAGGCAGGUUCUCCGAGCGUAGUUUUGGAGACGCGGGGUCUUUACGCAGCAGCGCGCCUGGAUCAAGCAGCGAAGCUCUGGAUCAGCUAUCUCUGCUGGACUUGCCUCUCAGUACCACCACGUAUACAGGUCACAUGGAUGACUUUCUGAAAGUCGAAAGCGGACAGUGGAGCGCAAAAGCGCUUCUUCCCAAGGAGUCAAAUGUUUCAGAGUGUUCGUUUAUUAAAGAUGAGAAUGAGCAUUCUCUUAUUAUGCAGCCACCGAACACUGAUUUCGACCUAGGCUUAAACAUCAGCGCCUUGGAAAGCUGCUACGACCAAGCAGAAAAGAAACAGCAGUGUGAGUUUACUGAGGAGUCUUCAGCUUUGCUCUCAUCUCAAGCAGCCCAGCAGGUAGUUGUGGACAGUUCUUCCAACUUUCAGCUGGACAUGACUCAAUCUACAGUGGUUUUGCCACCACCGAGAAGAGUGUCGCCUUCUCUCGGCAGAGGUAUGUUGAAUUUCGAUGGAACAAGCUCAGCUACCCUGAUGCCCAAAACGGACAUUUCCAAAUGGAUUUCACCCAAGGACUCUCCGUUCUGGUAUCAGAGCGCUACUAUGAAUGAAGAGCACGCUGGAUACUCUUCGCCAGAUGGGUUCAUCUCGCGCUCACACACACUUUACACGGCAUUCCCUGGGGUUCCAUCUCAAAGACUGUGUGUUAUAUGUGGAGACGAGGCUUCAGGUUGCCACUAUGGAGUUCUAACCUGUGGAAGCUGCAAGGUGUUUUUCAAGAGAGCUGUUGAGGGUCACCAUAACUACCUGUGUGCCGGACGGAACGACUGUAUUGUUGAUAAAAUCAGGAGGAAAAACUGUCCUGCAUGUCGUCUUAGAAAGUGCUACCAGGCAGGGAUGAUGCUUGGAGGCCGGAAGAUGAAGCGGUUUACGGGUAUGAAGGUCAUGGGGUUGAGUCCAUCGCUGAUGUUCCAGGGUCCGUUGUCCCUGCUGGCUGAUGGUCAAAAUGUGUCCUCCCUGCACUGUAUGCCAGCGAUCCGUGAGCUGCAGCUGUCCCCUCAGAUGAUCAGCAUUCUGGAGAACAUUGAGCCACAGGUGGUUUACUCUGGCUAUGACAGCUCACAACCAGAGCUUCCCCACCUUCUCCUCAACAGUCUCAAUAGACUCUGUGAGAGACAGCUGCUCUGGAUUGUCAGAUGGUCCAAGUCUCUUCCAGGUUUUCGCAAUUUGCACAUCAAUGACCAGAUGACGUUAAUCCAGUAUUCCUGGAUGGGUUUAAUGUUGUUCUCGCUGGGUUGGAGAACCUUUCAGAAUGUCACCACUGAUUACCUGUACUUUGCACCUGAUCUCAUCUUGAGUCAUGAUCAGCUGAGGAGGUCUCCGAUCUACGACUUGUGCUUGGCUAUGCAGUUUGUUCCACGGGAAUUUGCCAACUUGCAAGUGACAAAGGAAGAGUUUCUGUGCAUGAAGGCUUUGAUGCUCCUCAACACCGUUCCUCUGGAAGGCUUGAAGAGUCAAACACAGUUUGAUGAAAUGAGACAGAACUACAUCUGCGAGUUGACGAAAGCCAUCCAGCUGAAGGAGAAAGGAGUGGUGGCCAGCUCACAGAGAUUCUACCAUUUGACCAAAAUCAUGGACGCCAUGCAUGAGAUUGUAAAGAAGGUCAAUCUCUACUGUCUGAGCACAUACAUCCAGGCGGACGCCAUGAAGGUGGAGUUUCCAGAGAUGAUGUCGGAGGUCAUUGCAUCGCAGCUGCCAAAAGUGCUGGCGGGAAUGGUCAAACCCCUCAUGUUUCACAACAAGUGAUCCAGACAGGAUGCUUGGGGUCUGUGAUGAUGUACCACAUCUAAUUAACACUGACAUUGAUCUUUCCAUAUACAAUCAUCCCCUUAUAAUAGUUACAAGUUCUGAUUUAAUGUGUUAGCUGAAAAUGCAAAGAGUCCAAUAACAAAGACAACAUGUAAUCAUGCUGUAUUAUCAAAUCUGCUAUUGCCUUUUACAAAACCUGUCAAUCUUACAUAACAUGUUUCUGAGAACUUUUAUGAUAAAUACAGAGAAUGUAACUUUCAGUCUUAAUAUGUACUAAAAUGUGUUUUUUAAUGAAUCCUUAAAUAUGACAAAAAUUGUAACAUAUUAGACUCUAAUUUAUGUAUUAAUUAUACACUUAAAUCCUAGCUUUUCAGGAAAUGUAUCUGAGUGUGAGGAAAAGCCAAUGCUUAUUUGUCUAACUUAGUUUUCAUGGUGAGAUCUUGCAAACCUUUGAUCUUACUUACAUUUACACAAUAUCCGGUCACAUAACGUGUUAUAAUAAAUGCUGAUUGCAGACGCUAACAAUGUUUGAAAGACAAAGAGCUCAAUUGUACAUCGGCUCAGAGAUCACUGUAUAAUAAGUGGAUCAUUGUAUAAUUUGAUCCAGUCUGAUGUUUAUUUUUAAAGCAGAAUAUUAAAUGUUUUAUCAGAAGCCAAGAGCAUUAAAGUUGAAAAACAUU